UUUUUUUUUAAGAUUUAUUCAUUUAUUUAUACAAGCACUGGGUACGGUCAGAAGCACGGGAGGGUGAGAAAACCCACCAGAGCCAGAGCGGGGAGCAGAACAGGCAGAUUGAUGAAAUACACUGCUGAGGGGAGCAACGGGUGCGACAGGAGAGGUCUGCGCACCACGCGGGACUCUCGCCGGUGGCCGGGGAUCGAACCAGCGCCGCAGAGGCUGUGUGCAGCCCAGCGCCCAACCUCUGUGCCACUAGGGGAGGCCCUAAUUUUUACAACUUAUUAUAAAUUCAAAAAAGAAAAAGAUUUUUGGCUCCUGAGUCAACCCCUGAUUUAGAUCAUUUAAUUUUGCUUUUAUUAUCUGGAAAAUUAUUCUAGUACUGCUGUGACAAAGAAAGUACCAGGGUGGGUGAGACUUUUUUUUUUCCUCACAGUUCUGGAGAGUGUUGGUCUGGUAUCAAGAUGUUAGCCGGAUUAGUUUCUUUUGAGGUCUCGUGUCCGUGCCUUGCAGAUGCCAUCUUCACCAGGGUCUUCCCUAUGUAACUGUGUUGUGAUUUCUCAGAGGACACCAGUAGUAUCUGGUUGUAGCGCAUUCUGAAGUUUCGUUUUAAUUACCUCUAAAGACCCUCUCCAGAAAUAGUCACAUUUGGAGGUGAUGUAGGUUAGGACUUCAACAUGUAUUUGGAAGGCGACUCAAUUCAGUGAUAAAAUGCCAACUCUAAAUUUGAGGAAAGGUUUUCCCCUGGUUAUGAUGUCCUUAAUAUGAACAGACUUUUGAGGAGCUUGUACACUUGGUUUUUGUUCAAUCAUCAUCGUAAUGACAGGCUCACCAUCGUGUGUCCUCCAUUGCGGCAGGCUCUCACAUGCAACCUGUCUCUUACAAGACUGGAAUUACAUUUACUGUGGAGUGUAACAUGUAUCAUCAGGAGGCAGCCUGCUUCUGCAAAGUGGUACGAUCGAAGGGACUAUGUCUUCAUUGAAUUUUGUGUUGAAGACAGUAAAGAUGUUAAUGUAAAUUUUGAAAAAUCCAAACUUACAUUCAGUUGUCUUGGAGGAAGUGAUAAUUUUAAACAUUUAAAUGAAAUUGAUCUUUUUCACUGUAUUGAUCCAAAUGAUUCCAAGCAUAAAAGAACGGACAGGUCAAUUUUAUGUUGUUUACGAAAAGGAGAAUCUGGCCAGUCGUGGCCAAGGUUAACAAAAGAAAGGGCAAAGCUUAAUUGGCUUAGUGUGGACUUCAAUAAUUGGAAAGACUGGGAAGAUGAUUCAGAUGAAGACAUGUCUAAUUUUGAUCGCUUCUCUGAGAUGAUGAACAACAUGGGUGGUGAUGAGGAUGUAGAUUUACCAGAAGUAGAUGGAGCAGAUGAUGAUUCACAAGACAGUGAUGAUGAAAAAAUGCCAGAUCUGGAGUAAAGGAGUAUUGUCAUCACCGGAAUUUAAGAAAGAAAAAUAACUUCUCUGCAAGAUUUCAUGAUUGAGAGAAUUCCUGAGUUGAUAGCUCUAAAGGCAGAUGCUGUAUUUGCCUCCUUUAACCCAUUUUUCAACAUGUUUGUUUUUUAAAAGGCUUCACUAAGGGUUGAUAUGUACCAUUGUAUGGGGCAAUUUUAAGUCAGCUAAGGCAAUAACCUUAUGCAUGAACAUUUCCCAGAUUUACAUGACACUGUUGCGGUUCUAGGCAAUUGGUACAGCAGUUGUGAUAAAAAACAUUUCGCCUAAGUCUCCUUUACUUCAUAACAUAGAUAACUGACAUGAUGAUAGGGAAGUUCAGGCUUAGGGAAAGAUAACUAAAUUUUAGAUUUUAGAACAUGGACUCAAAAUGGCUGAAAUAAAUUGGGUGAUACCAUAAACUAAUAACCCAUUGUUCCUCUGAUGUAUCCUUCAGGAUUGUUCCACUAAAGUUUUAUUUUAAAAAAUUUAUUUCACAUUCUUGUACUUAAGUGAUCACUUGUCAGUGUUCCAGAUGUAUCUUAGCUAAAACUAGUGAAUGCCCUAACUUAGAUGGUUUUUGAAGCCUGUACAUUUGGUAUUGUUUGACCCUUAAACUUUUACAUCUCUUAGCAUGGAGGACGAAGAAAGGCUAUAUAUCGUUGCUUGAGAGUCUGUACAUUUAGACCAAAUUUGUAUUUGCACUGUCAGUAUGGCAAAUGAGUGGAAAAAAAAUGUUAAUACACUAUUGGGUUUUUUAUUUCUUUUUGAUUCAGCUUGUAUGAGGGCUGAAAAACCUCAAUUUUUUGUUCAUGACAGUGGGGACUUUUUUUUUAAUGUCUACAUUCUUUCUAAUAAACUGUUGGAAGAUUU